ACAGCUCGAGUGAGCUCUUUAAACAGCGCUUUUAAGACGGGGACUUUCCACAUCCCUUAACCUUUCCGAAGAACCUGUCCGGUACUCCUUCCUCAUUCGUGGAACCAUUUAUUUGCUGGACUUGCCGGACUUUCUUCAAUUUGUUGCUGUUGCUAAAGAAGUUGCGACAAACUUGCAGGACAGAUGGCCGACACUGAAGAUGCUCCCCUGGCCAGAGGUAGUCUGGCGGGCAGUGAAGAAGUUCUUGUGUCCCCUGCAAGACCCACAGGGGGCUCUAACAGUCGUGCCUUGAAGGUGGCAGGCCUGACCACCCUGGCAUGCCUGCUGCUGGCCAGCCAGGUCUUCACUGCCUACAUGGUGUUUGACCAGAAGCAGCAGAUCCACUCGCUGCAGAGGAACACAGAGAGAAUGGGCAAACAGAUGACCCGCUCAUCCCAGGCUGUGGCACCAAUGAGGAUGCAGAUGCCCAUGAACAGCCUUUCUCUGCUGACGGACACCACCUCGGAUCAGGAAACCAAGACACCCCUGACUAAACUGCAGGACGCCAUUGUCAGCGUGGAGGGCCAACUGAAGAAUCUCAUGCAGGACUCCCAGCUGCCACAGUUCAAUGAGACCUUCCUGGCCAACCUGCAGAGCAUGAAGCAGCAUGUGAAUGAGAGCGAGUGGAAGAGCUUUGAGUCCUGGAUGCGUUACUGGCUGAUCUUCCAGAUGGCCCAGCAGAGUCCUGCUACCCCAACAGCUCAACCAGUCACUGUGAUCAAGACCAAAUGCCAAAUGGAGGCAGCACCUGGAGCCUCCAAGAUCGGAUCCUACAAGCCCCAGUGUGACGAGCAGGGCCACUACAAGCCCAUGCAGUGCUGGCACGCCACUGGCUACUGCUGGUGUGUGGACAAGACGGGCGCAGUCAUCGAGGGCACCACCGUACGCGGCCGCCCCCAGUGUCAGAAAGCCUCAGCUUAUCCUCGUCCCAUGAUGAUUUUGCCCAGGAUGAUGCAGAAGACCAUCAGCCUCGAUGAUGAGUGAAGCAAAUGAAGCAAAGUGUGGGGUGUUUCUUUUCAUCAAGCUUUGCAGACAUAAGAAAUCGGUUAUCUUUAAGAUGGAUCAGUUUGUGCACUUUCAUGUAAUCCCUUGAUUUUUAUCAUUUGGCUGGAAGCUUGUAAUCAAAUCAAUAGAGGCCUGUUACAGCGUAUUGCUUUUAAUUUUGUGUGUUUUAUAAAAUUAAAUUGUGGGGUGUUCGCAUUGACAUUUUA